AACUAGAACCCAAAAAAAAAAAAAGUUUAGGGGGUUCGAUCCGACCAUGAUAUUUUAAUUCGGACUAUUACAACUCCUCAAGCGCAGAAGGGAAACCCCAAAGCAAAAGAAUGUGGAGGAAAGUGUUAAGCGGCGCAGUAAAGCAGCGGCCAUGGCGGCUUAUACCAAACCGGAGGUCAAGCUCAUCCUCCGUCUCCUCCGCCGUCAACUCCAUGAUUCUCCGCUCCCUCAAAGAACACUACCACGAAGUCUCCAAGAUGACCCCCCCUCCUAAAGUGAGCCCUCCUUCGCCUUUCACGGUCGUAAAGGGCUCUCUGGAUGGAAACGGCCCGGUGCUAAGGCGAAGCUAUGGCGAAGAGGAGGUUAGCAUAUCUGUAAUGCGGUUGGCCAACAUUAUUCCUGGAGCUGGUGAGGAUAGUGGUGAUGGUGAUGAGGAUGGUGGGAUUAACCAGCUGUUCCUUCAUGUGGAUGUUUCCAAGCCCGGACGGUCGGAUUCUCUGCAUUUUCUUUGUGGGUUAUAUCCUGAUGCUCUGGGGAUUCACUCUGUUUCCAUGAGACCCAAGGUCAAGGCUGAUUCGCUUUCCCUUGCGGUACCCAACACCUACGAUGGCCCUCUUUUCGAAGAUCUGGAUGAAAGGAUGAGAGAUGCAUUUCACAGCUACAUAGAAGAGCGAGGUGUGAAUGAUAGUCUCUUUCCAUUUCUUCAAGCAUGGCUGUAUGUAAAAGAUCAUCGAAAUCUAAUGCGUUGGUUCAAAUCAGUAGGAACAUUCAUCAAUGAAAAUAAAUCAGCUAAAGACACUUAAAUUUAUGAGGUAGUUUAAAAAAAGAUGUAUCUAUCAGCUGUGAUGCUAGAUUGCUUCCAGUUGAGUUAUGCAUCUUCAACAUGGCUUGGUUGUGAGUACAUUGUUACAGUUUUGUAAAAGAAAUGCAGGUACAGGCUAGUAUUUCUCCUGUUUUUGUAAUAGAUAUUUAUGAUGUUUUGACAUUUUAUGCUGUUUUUGCAAAACAUUCUUGUCAUUGGCGGUGUAUAUAAAUUCCCAUAUUUAUAUCUCGAGGAAUACGAUUUGGUAGGACUUUGAUAA